GGGAGAUUUUUAAAAACACGAUCUCUCGCCUAUGGACGACGGCGGCCCCCUGUCUCCCAAGGCCAAUGCUUUCAGUAUUGCCUCUCUGAUUUCGGCUGCGGAGCUAACAGGAAACGCGGCGUUUGAUAAACACAACAGCGGUGGCCUGGACAAGCCAGACCUGCACAACAGCACGUCUUUUAAAAUGCACUACAGCACUGUCACCCGGGAAAUGGAAGCCAUAUCCAGUCCGUGGCUGACGCAGCUGUCCCAUUUUUGCGAUGUUGCAGCCUUCACGACGAGCAGCCUGAGCAGCCUCAACACGCCGGGAGGCUACCACCUCUCUCCGUCCCCCGGGGACCCAUACGGUCAACAUGAUUCCCACUUUGAGCCGUGCCCCACCGCGCAGCACAGCUACAACUACCCGGGCUCCAACCCGGGCCAGGCCCCGGCCAGCGACGGAGGAACACCUAACUGCUCCUCGUCCUCGUCUAAUUCUACUCCAAACAGCAAAAACAUCGUGAAGAAAAACCCAAAAGUUGCCAACAUUAACGUUCAACUGGAGAUGAAAGCACUAUGGGACGAGUUUAAUCAACUCGGGACAGAGAUGAUCGUCACGAAGGCGGGCAGGAGGAUGUUUCCAACUUUUCAAGUAAAAAUAUUUGGGAUGGACCCUAUGGCAGAUUACAUGCUUCUUAUGGACUUUUUGCCGGUGGACGACAAACGUUACAGGUAUGCUUUCCACAGCUCCUCGUGGCUAGUAGCGGGAAAGGCAGACCCCGCUACGCCGGGCAGGGUGCAUUAUCACCCGGACUCCCCAGCUAAAGGCGCGCAGUGGAUGAAGCAGAUCGUCUCAUUUGAUAAACUCAAACUGACCAAUAACCUCCUGGACGACAACGGCCACAUAAUUCUAAACUCGAUGCAUCGCUACCAGCCCCGGUUUCACGUGGUUUACGUGGACCCGCGCAAAGACAGCGAGAAAUACGCGGAGGAGAACUACAAGACGUUUGUGUUCGAGGAGACGCGCUUCACGGCGGUCACUGCGUACCAGAACCACCGGAUCACACAGCUAAAGAUAGCCAGCAAUCCUUUCGCAAAGGGAUUCAGGGACUGUGACCCAGAGGACUGGCCCAGGAAUCACCGGCCCGGCUCACUGCCAAUCAUGAGUGCCUUCGCCAGAACCAGAAACCCCAUGUCAUCUCCCCCUCAGCAGAACGGCGCAGAGAAAGAGGACAGCCGGAGAGAGUACGAUCGGGACCCCAGUGGCACCCCUAUCCAUGGCGACCCCGCUCACCAGCUCAUGUCCCGUGUUCUUAGCCCCGCCUUACCUGUCCCUGGAGGUCUCCACGCUGUCCCCCUCACCACAGGACGUCCCAGCCCACCCCACGACCUGCGCCCUGAACCCCACCCCGGAGCCACUCUUCCCCCGGACACCCUCCAUCACCACCCGUACAAAUACCCCACCACAUACGAACACUACUUGGGUGCUAAAACCAGGCCAAGCCCCUACCCCUUACCCAGUAUUCGGCAUACAACCUACCACCAUCACAUGAACCCCGCCACAGCUAACAUGUACUCUGCCACUAGCGGGCCAGCGAACUACGACUAUGGGCCGAGAUAAUGACUGCUGAGCACUGCGGGAUGAAGGCAAAACAAUCCUGUCUAUUGAGUCCACGGCAAACUGAGUGGUGCAUUCACAGACUUAAAAACUGUGGUAUUUAUUUAAACAAACGCACCGUUGCAGGGAGCUUGGGCACCUGCUCUGAGCCAAUACAAAAGGUCCACAUUGACCUAUAGGCCUACCCCACAUCGGGCCCAAACAGGAGCAGUGUUGACAGUGAAGAAGCCAGGAGGAAUCUUCAUGCCCAACUUUUGAUCACGGACUGGAAAAGUUGUUUUUGUGUUUGAUGCACUUUGUGAUUUUUUUUUUUUGCCUUGUUUUUAAUGCUUUCAAAAAAGCCAUAUUAUGUUAUAUAGUCUGUCAGCCUUUUGCAUAGACAAGAUGUUUGCAUGCUGAGCUCAUCAGAGAGGUAACUCAUGUUGGAUGUUUUUGUUUGGUGUAAAAAAGAUUGAUUUUGGAACAUCCGGAGAGGCUCUGAGAAGCUUGUACUAUGGCACUGACUUGCAGCAAUUCAAAGUAAAUAAA